UGCAGGAGCGACCAGCUGUGUGGGAACGGGGAAGCGGCUCCGCUGACGAAGUGUCAAAGGUCUGAUCUGAUCCUACCUGGAGCGACUCCUCCGGUUUCACUGCAGGACACCACUGCGUCAGCAACAGCUGUCCUGCAGCCGCGCACUGGCUGCCAGAAGGGGAGAAUUACGUCCCCAGUGGAAGGCGAGUGGGAGACUUGAUUUUUUUUUCUCUCCAAGUUUCUGUUUGGAUUCUGUGGAAAUAUUUGCUUUACCGUGCAAGCUCCUUUUAGGGAAACCCCGGUGUGGCGGUAUCCCUUCGCAAUGCGAAGAUGGCGCCCCUGCUCCCUCCCCGAGUCACCUAUGCGCUCCACCCCUUCACCCGGGAAUUGCUGGCGGAGAUCGAGAAGCUCAAGGAGGAAAGAAAAAAGGCUACAGAAGUAGAAGUACAGGCGGAGGAUCAGCCAACGGCCCCAAACGCUAAUAUGGAGGCGGGCAAGAGUCUGCCCAUGAUCUACGGAAACCCUCCUCCAGAGAUGCUCAACACACCUCUGGAGGACCUGGACCCCUUCUACAAAGCACAAAACUCGACAUUCAUUGUGAUCAGCAAUGGAAACACAAUCUUCAGGUUCAACGCUGAGCCGGCUUGCUACCUUCUGAGCCCCUGUAGUUUGGUUAGAAGAGGAUCCAUCAAAAUUCUCAUACAUUCAUUAUUUAGCAUGUUCAUCAUGCUCACGAUUCUAUCAAAUUGUGUAUUCAUGACGAUGAGCAACCCACCAGCAUGGAGUAAAACUGUUGAGUAUGUUUUUACUGGCAUCUAUACAUUUGAAGCAACAGUCAAAGUGUUGUCAAGAGGUUUCUGUGUUGGAUCUUUUACAUUCCUUCGAGAUCCAUGGAAUUGGCUGGAUUUCAUGGUGAUCAGCAUGGCAUAUGUCACUGAGUUUGUUGACCUUGGCAACGUGUCAGCCCUCAGGACAUUUCGAGUACUCCGAGCCCUCAAAACAAUUACUGUGAUUCCUGGUUUGAAAACCAUUGUGGCUGCUUUGAUCCAGUCAGUGAAGAAAAUGGUGGACGUCAUGAUUCUGACCGUCUUUGCCCUCGCUGUUUUUGCCCUCAUUGGUCUUCAACUCUUUAUGGGAAAUCUGCGUCAGAAAUGUGUGCGAUGGCCCAUCGAAACAAAUGAAACUGCAUUUGAAUUUUUUAACAACACCGCCACAUUUAACGACACCUUAUCCUUCAACAACACCAUGGGCUUCAACAAUACAACAUAUUCCAACAGUUCCUUCAAUUUCAUUGAAUAUAUGGAAAACUCAGAUAAUCACUAUUAUUUGGAAGGCAGCCUUGAUGCUCUACUUUGUGGAAACAGCUCUGAUGCUGGAAAGUGCCCAGAAGGAUACACUUGCAUGAAAGCUGGGAAUAACCCCAACUAUGGCUACACCAGUUUUGAUUCUUUUGGCUGGGCCUUCCUGGCCCUCUUCAGACUCAUGACCCAGGACUACUGGGAGAACCUUUUCCAGCUGAUCCUGCGGGCGGCUGGUAAGACAUACAUGCUGUUCUUUGUGGUGAUUAUCUUUCUGGGCUCCUUCUACCUCAUCAACCUCAUCUUGGCGGUGGUAGCUAUGGCUUAUGACGAACAGAAUCAGGCAACUCAGCGAGAGGCCAUAGAGAAAGAGGAAGAAUUCCAGCGGCUACUAGCGCAACUCAAGAAUCAGGAAGCGGAGGCUCUAGAUCUCGGGAGCCGAGUCACACUAACUAGUAAGAAGUCGCUCAGUCAUCACACCAUAUCUGAGUUGGCAGAUGAUGAACGAAGCCUUGAACGUGAUGAAAUUAUCAAAGAUUGUAACGGGAGAAUCAUUCCCCGUCUGUUAAUUAGAGCGCCCACCAUGGUCAAGUCUCCUUCAGAUUACGAACUCGAAGAGAAGUCAUUAGGCUCUGUGCACAGCAUGCUUCAUCUGGACGAACCACGCCUGACACAGAGGUCUGCUAGUGCUCUGUCUGUGCUCACUGCAGCUGCUAUGGAAGAGUUGGAGGAGGGUCAGAGGCCGUGUCCACCCGGCUGGUACAAGUUUGCGGACAGGUUCCUGAAGUGGGACUGCUUCCCGCAAUGGGUGUUCUUUAAAAAGUGGGUGCUCUUUGUGGUGAUGGACCCUUUUGUUGACUUGGGCAUCACCAUCUGUAUUGUGCUCAACACCCUCUUCAUGGCCAUGGAGCACUACCCCAUGACCCCAGAGUUUGAACACAUGCUCUCAGUUGGGAAUCUGGUUUUCACUGGGAUCUUCACAGCGGAGAUGUUCUUGAAGCUGAUUGCCAUGGAUCCCUACUAUUACUUUCAAGUUGGCUGGAAUAUUUUCGACAGCAUCAUCGUCACUCUCAGUCUGGUGGAGUUGGGUCUCGCCGAUGUCCAAGGGCUGUCUGUCCUCAGGUCCUUCCGUCUGCUUCGUGUCUUCAAACUAGCAAAGUCCUGGCCCACGCUCAACAUGCUGAUCAAGAUUAUCGGUAACUCAGUUGGAGCUUUAGGAAACCUGACUUUGGUGCUGGCCAUCAUUGUCUUCAUCUUUGCUGUGGUGGGUAUGCAGCUCUUUGGCAAGAACUACAAUGAAUGCGUGUGCAAGAUCUCCACAGAGUGCACGCUGCCGCGCUGGCACAUGAACGACUUCUUCCACUCGUUCCUCAUCGUGUUCCGCAUCCUGUGUGGAGAGUGGAUCGAGACCAUGUGGGACUGCAUGGAGGUGGCCGGAACUGGAAUGUGUUUAAUUGUCUUCAUGAUGGUCAUGGUCAUUGGAAAUCUAGUGGUGCUGAACCUCUUCCUAGCCUUGCUGCUCAGCUCGUUCAGCGGAGACAACCUCUCCACGGAGGACGACGGAGAGAUGAACAAUCUCCAGAUUGCCAUUGGCAGGAUCACACGAGGCGUCGACUGGUUCAAGCGUUCAUUGUUCGAUCCGUGCAAGCAGAUUCUCAACAGAAAGUCCAAGGAGCCUGAGGAGAGUCCGACGGACGACGAGGACCCUAAAACGGAGGGAAUUGAAAUGAACCACUUGUACUCCAGUCAGAAUUUCAAAACAGCUGAUGGUAUACCUAAUUGUGUGGUUGCUGUUACUGGAUUUAUUGUGGAUGGAGAGCUCAGUCUCAAUGUGCCAAUCGCUCAUGGAGAGUCAGACUUUGAAAACCUGGAUGAGGAUAAGGCUGAGGAUGAUGCUGACUCAGAUGACUCAGUGAUUUCAGAUGAGAAACAUAACCCACAUUACUUGGAAAACUUAGGAGAUGAAAGUAAUUUGCUGGGAAAUGUCAAACUGAUGGGUGCUUUCAAUGAUGGGGAUUCUUCAGUGUGUAGCACAGUGGACUAUCAACCGCCUGAGCCUGAGCCAGCAGAAGAGGAAGAGGAAGAGCCGGAACCCGUGGAGCCGGAGGCCUGCUUCACUGACAACUGUGUGGAGCGCUGGCCGUGUCUGACUGUGGACAUCACAAAAGGUAGAGGCAAGAAAUGGUGGAACCUCCGUAGGACUUGCUUCACUAUUGUGGAGCAUGACUGGUUUGAAACCUUCAUAAUCUUUAUGAUCCUCCUCAGCAGCGGAGCUCUGGCCUUUGAAGACAUAUACAUAGAAAGACGCCGAACCAUCAAAAUUAUUCUGGAGUUCGCUGACAAAAUAUUCACCUACGUCUUUAUCAUUGAGAUGAUCCUUAAAUGGGUCGCAUACGGCUUCAAGACCUACUUCACCAACGCCUGGUGUUGGUUAGACUUUUUCAUUGUAGAUAUUUCCCUGAUUAGUUUAGCCGCCAACUUGAUGGGAUACUCUGACCUUGGACCAAUCAAAUCCCUCAGGACUCUCAGGGCGCUGAGGCCUCUUCGAGCGCUGUCAAGAUUUGAAGGGAUGAGGGUGGUUGUGAACGCUCUCGUUGGAGCGAUUCCCUCCAUCUUCAACGUGCUGCUGGUGUGUCUGAUCUUCUGGCUCAUCUUCAGCAUCAUGGGAGUUAACCUGUUUGCUGGGAAGUUCUACCGCUGCAUCAACACCACCACAGAGGAGCUGUUCCCCAUGUCGGAAGUCAACAACAAGAGCGACUGCAUGGCCAUCAAAGAGGCCACGCAGGAGGCCCGCUGGGUCAAUGUCAAGGUCAACUAUGACAAUGUAGGACAAGGCUACCUGUCACUGCUUCAAGUGUCAACUUUUAAAGGAUGGAUGGACAUCAUGUAUGCUGCGGUUGACUCAAGAGAGGUAGAGGAGCAGCCUUCUUAUGAGAUCAACCUCUACAUGUACAUUUACUUUGUCAUCUUCAUCAUCUUCGGCUCUUUCUUCACACUCAACCUCUUCAUUGGUGUCAUUAUUGACAAUUUCAACCAACAAAAGAAAAAGGGAGAUAAAGACCUCUUUAUGACUGAGGAACAAAAAAAGUACUACGAGGCCAUGAAGAAACUUGGUUCCAAGAAGCCGCAGAAGCCGAUUCCACGUCCAACAAACCUAAUCCAGGGACUGGUGUUUGACUUCAUCAGUCAGCAGUUCUUUGACAUCUUCAUCAUGGUGCUCAUCUGCCUCAACAUGGUGACCAUGAUGGUGGAGACGGACAAUCAAAGCGCAGAGAAGGAAGAUUUCCUCUUUAAAGUAAAUGUGGCUUUCAUUAUCGUCUUCACCGGAGAGUGUGUGUUGAAGCUCUUUGCCCUGCGACAAUACUUCUUCACCAACGGAUGGAACGUUUUUGACUUUGUUGUGGUCAUCUUGUCCAUAGCUGGUACAAUGCUCUCAGACAUAAUCGAGAAGUACUUUGUGUCACCAACUCUGUUCAGAGUGAUCAGACUGGCCAGAAUAGGCAGGAUUCUGCGUCUUAUUAAAGGAGCCAAGGGCAUUCGGACGCUUCUUUUCGCUCUAAUGAUGUCACUUCCCGCCCUAUUCAACAUUGGCCUUCUGCUCUUCCUCAUUAUGUUCAUCUUCUCCAUAUUUGGCAUGUCAAACUUUGCUUAUGUCAAAAAGGAGGCUGGAAUCGAUGAUAUAUUUAAUUUUGAGACGUUUGGUGGCAGCAUUAUCUGUUUGUUUGAGAUCACGACGUCCGCCGGCUGGGAUGCGCUUUUACUUCCAAUGCUGAACAAAGAGUUCCCAGACUGUGAUCCAGACUUCGAGAACCCAGGCACGGAUGUAACGGGCAACUGUGGCAAUCCGCUCAUGAGCAUGAUAUUCUUCUGCGGCUACAUCAUCGUCUCAUUCUUAGUGGUGGUCAACAUGUAUAUUGCUAUCAUCUUGGAGAACUUCAAUGUGGCGCAGGAGGAGAGUGGCGACGCACUCUGUGAGGACGACUUUGAGAUGUUCAAUGAGACUUGGGAGAAGUUUGACGUAGACGGAACUCAGUUCAUUGAGUAUAGCCGGCUCUCAGAUUUCUGUGAUGCCUUGCAGCAGCCGCUGAAGGUUGCCAAGCCCAACCGGCUUCCCCUGAUGGAAAUGGAUCUGCCUCUGGUCAUCGGGGACAGGAUCCACUGCCUGGAUGUCUUGUUGGCCGUCACACAGAUGGUCUUGGGAGACACGGUGGAAAUGGCGGCAAUGAGGUUAAGCAUUGAGGCCAAGUUCCUCCUGAGCAACCCCACCUCCGACUCCUUUGCGCCGAUUACCACGACAAUGCGCCACAAAGAAGAGCAGAUGGCUGCUGUAGUCGUUCAGAGGGCUUACCGCAAGCACCUGCUGAAACGUUGCAUAUGCCACGCCGCUUUUAUGCAUCGCUGUAAGAGGAUGGGUAGAAAAGACGAAGGUGCAGAUCCACUAGAGAAAGAGGGCAUGCUCGCACGAAGGAUGGGGGUGCUCUAUGGGAGCAACGUGUACCUUGCAGAGGAGAUGGAGCAGGCGGAUUUAGAAAGUCUAGCAAACCAACAGCCUCCUAAUCCUGAGACAUUGUCACAUGGCACAGAGGCCCAAUGUGAUUCUGAAUCCUCCGUGCCAAAUAUCAUGGUUGUACCUGUAGAAAUUACUAAUGAGGUUUUAUUACAUUCUGCCCCCAACCCACACAUCUUUAACCUCCAUGCAAAUCUGAGAGAGACAAUUGUAUAACAAACAGCAUAAGACAAUUCAUGUCCUCCCCCUGUGUUUCAGCAGCCAAGGAAGUAAUGUUAGCAGUUAUAUUUCCACAUUAGAUGUUACACAGUGCUAAUGAAUGUUUGAACUGCAUUUUAUAAUUAUUAUUAUUAAACCUCAUCCACAAUCCCUGCUUUUUAGUGUGAUAUUCAAGUGUCUUUUUGGGUUAAAUAUGAAACUGGAGUACAUGGAUUUCUUUGACAUUUGUUCUAAAGUCUUGAAAUCUGGUAAGGACAUACUAUGGAAAGGUAUCUACAGUACAACUCUGACAUUUUUAGAUGUACAUGUAAAAUCACACUUUUAUCAAUUUGUCAAGGUCAGGACUUUUCAAACAUUUGUAAAAACACUACCAUUGUGUUUAUUUAAUGUCUUCCAUAUGAAAUUGUUUUUAUACUGUAUCCAUAUCUUUGAUAUUCAACUUACUAUGAGUUCAUAGAUACCAAAUACUUAAAUGUACUCCUUGUAGUUUCUGAAUACAGCCAUUUCCUUAUCAUUCUUUAUUUAGUCUUUGGAGACAUGGGACUAGUGUUUAUUCCUAAAAUAUAAAACUCACAUUUCAGCCAAACUAGGUAGGUAAAUAACCUAAAAUAUACAAAUCACUUUGUGUAAUGUUAAAUGAAAAUUAAUUUCUGUAAAAACAGACCUUAAAAUACCACAAUAUUCAUAACCAUGUGUUUGAUGUAAGUUUAAUUGUAUUACUCUCUUUUCUGUGCCUGUGACGCUUUAAUUGACAUUUCCAAAUUAAGGUCACAGUUAGAUAUGAUUUCUCAGCUUUUAACUGUAGACUGCAGAGAACUGCAUCACUUACUGUCAGCCGAAAAAAUGUGCUAGUGUUUGUUAUUGCAGGGUUAAACACAAUAGUAGAAUAGCAGAAUCUGUAAUACGCUAGCUUUCUAGUGAAAAACCUAUCUUCAAAAGGGCAAGAUACAGCACCAUGUAUGUCUGAAGAAUCCUAAACAUAUUUCAGUAAUUCUUCUAUGAAUUUUCAUUUUAAUGCACUCUAUGGUUGAUGGCUUCAUUUAGGCCAGCAAUAACUUUUUUUGUAUGAUUAUUAGCAGAAAACCAAACGAUGUGCCCCAGUUUCUAACCAAAGAGUAACUUGAACAACACAUGGGAAAACCUGAAUGAUCAUUUUAUAGUAUUUAGUGCUGUGUUUAUGUUGUACACGGUGUGUACAUUUAAAAGCAAUACGAUAUCCAGUCUUUUUCUGCUUCCUCCGAUAUGACAUAAAUUCAGCACUAUUAUCCAACUCUAGAGCAAUAAUUGAAUAUUAAAUUAGUAUGCACACGACCAUUUCAUGGUUAAAAUGGUACUAUUGGGAGUCCCCUCAUUUGUGUUCAUUUUUGAAAAAUUAAAACCCAGCAAAAUUCCUGCUUACUUUACGUCACUUUUAUGUGGAAUCUCAUCGAUGUUCAGGCUCUACAUGUUAAUUAUUUCAAUUAGACACUCAAUGAUUUUCUAUGGUGGAGUUAGUUUUGUACAUAUAACUGAACAUUUAGGCUAAUCAUGAUCAUUUAUCCCUUUCUAGCAGUGAAAUCCUGAUCUGUCAUUCGUUAUUAGUAAACAAUAACAUGGGCCGGCUAAUGCAGUUAACAUCUGAAGGCCCAGUUUAUAUUGCACUAUUUAUAUCCCUUCCAGGUCAAGUUAGAGCAGUUGUAAGACCUUCCUGUUUUUAAGAUGAUUUCAUCCCUUAUAUGCAUGUCUUAUUAAUGUUUUGUCUAUUUUUUCAGUCCCCUCAGAGAGAUAUCAAAACUCAAACCAAGCAGCCACUGGUUUUCCAUUUCAGUAUUUAGAUUUAUCUGUCUACUUAAUAACAACCAUUGUAGUAAAGAUAUACAUGUUUUGUCUUUUGACCUGAUCUUGACUUAACCUGAUCUUCUGAAACACAGCAUUGGUGUAGUUAAAUACAUGACUCUGAAGUUAAAGGAUUACCCAACUUUCCAAGGUGUCGAUAAUCACACACAUCUGCAUAUUUACAGAGAAAAUCUUGAUGAUCUGUCCUUGAAGUCUGUCCCAAGUAGAAAGGUUGCUUCACUCGCCGUUGUGUAAGUCUUAACUGAAUUUAAAACGUCUUACUCUGAAUAUAUAUACAUGAUCAACAUAAGCACUUUUACAGUUUUCUAGUUUGUUUUUUUACAAUAGACUUUAGCAGGUUGUCUCUUCUCUUGUUUCUGUGUUCAGCACUGUUUUAACAUCAACCCUGGGGGAUAAAAGAAAAUCAUGAAUGUUUCCUCUAUAAGGGGUCUCUUUGUCUUAUCCUGCUGCGCAGCCUGGCAGUUCUUAAUGAUGUGGCCUGCAGCCGUCCUAUAUGAGAUUGACAUGCUGCUGCACUUAGCUAUAGUCUCCUCUGAUGGUACAGUGAAAUUCACAAGAUGGUGUCCUCCUUUUGUUUACAUUUCUAACGGAGGCAGAGCUUUACUGGUACAUCCACAGUCAGUGUUGCUUGUAUAUAAAAACAUUUUCUUUCUUCUUUCUGUAUUGUAUAUUUAUAUCAUUUUGUUAUUGUAAAAAUUGUUACUAUUAUGUGAGAAUAAAAUACAUCUUGUAGGGAAAAGUAAGCUGUGAGUUUA